CUCUCCCAUCCAUGGCGUCUCCGCCGCCCCCAAUCCGAAUCCUCCGCCGCAUCUCCAUCUCCCCUCCGGCGUCCUCCGCCGCCGCCUCCCUCCCCCUCACCUUCUUCGACGCGGCGUGGCUCUUCACCGGGCCCAUCGAGCGCCUCUUCUUCUACGCCCUCCCCCACUCCACCUCCCACUUCGUCGCCCACCUCCUCCCCCAACUCGCCUCCUCCCUCUCCCUCGCCCUCCUCCGCUUCCCCCCUCUCCUCGGCCGCGUCCGCCCCGCCGGCGCCACCGCCGACGACGUCGACUUCGCCUUCGCCUUCUCCUCCUCCGACGACUCCGUCCCCCUCACCGUCGCCGAGAGCUCCGACGACUUCGACGCGCUCUCCAGCCCCGGCCCCCGCGACUUCGCGAAUCUCCACGCGCUGAUCCCCCCACUGCCCCGACCCGGCGACGGCUCGAUCCCGCUCACCGCCGUGCAGGUCACCGUGUUCCCCCGCCGCGGCGUCGCCCUCGGGAUCGCCAUCCACCACGCGGCGUGCGACGACUCGAGCUUCCUCCACUUCGUCAAAUCCUGGGCCGCCGCGUGCAAGCUCGGCGGCGCGGUCGGGCUCCCGCUCCCGCUCCCGUUCCCGCCGCCCCCCUCCUUCGACCGCGGGGCGAUCCCCGAUCCCGCGGGCCUGCGCGCCAAGACCCUCGCCGAGCUCACCCGACUCGCGGCCCACGGCCCGCCUCCGCCGGAGCCCGAACCGGCCCGGCCCAACGCGGUCCUCGGGUCGUUCUGUCUGGGCCGGGCCCAAAUCGAGCAGCUGAAGAGGGGCCUGGUGGCGAAGGCCCGGGAGAGCGGGGCCGCGGUGCACUGCUCGUCGUUCGUGGUGGCGUGCGCCUUCGCGUGGGUGUGCCUGCUGAGGGCCCAGGAAGGGCACGCGGCCCAGGAGGAGAGGGCCCACUUGCUCUUCUCCGUGGAGUGCAGGGCCCGCCUGAGCCCGCCGAUCCCGGCCGAGUACUUCGGCAACUGCCUGCGCCCGUGCUUCGUGGAGGCGGCGACGGAAGCGCUUCUGGAGGAGGCGGGCGGCGUGUCGGAGGCGGCGCUGGCGAUCGGGGAGGCGAUAAAGGGCCUGGAGAGGGGCGGGGUGUUGGAGGGGGCGGAGGGGUGGCUGGGCCGGAUCCUGGGGCUGGUCCCGGCCCGGCCCAUGUCGGUGGGGGGAUCGCCGAGGUUUAGGGUUUACGACGCGGAUUUUGGGUGGGGGAGGCCGAGGAAGGUGGAGCUCCUCUCCAUCGCGAAGACCCCCGGGACGAUCUCGCUCGCCGAGAGCGGCGCCGCCGCCGGGGACGACGACGCCGACGCCGGGGNCAUUAGUGUCCUCGGCAUCUUCGAAGACCCUCUUCGUCUCCGCCUUGCAGAGGUAGAGCACCGCCCCCUCGUGCUGGGGCUAGAGCUAGGGGGGCCGCAGCCGCAGCAGCAGGGGCCGCCGCCGCGGCGAGAGCCGCUCGCUCUAGCAGGGCCCCCAGAAGCGCUACCUCUCCUCGAGGUGGAAGGAGCCGGAGGGGGUGGGUUUUAG